AUGAUCUCGAAUAUUGACGCAUCAUCGCCAACAGGCAACGGCCAUCGAAUAAAAUUACUUGGAAUAGAUUUGAUAUUUGGAGGUAUCGACAAUGUUUUUGUUUAUCCAUCACUUGACGUUGAUCGAUUACGAAAUGCUCUCAGUCGUACUCUCUCAUUUUGGCCAAUUUUAACUGGCCGCAUUCUUGUCGAUAAUGAUGAUGGAUAUUUUAUUGAAUUUUCUGAUAAAUCUAUUCCAUUCACUUAUGCUGAAAACGAUGAACUUGAACAAUGGCCCGAUUUACCUGUUGUUGUCGAUGAUGCGACACUAAUUCAACCAUUUAUUGAUUCAGUGCAGUAUAAACCUGAAAUUGAACCACUUCUUCGUAUCAAAGUAACUCGUUUACUUCGUAGUAAUGAAUAUGUUCUUGGUACAAGCUUUUUUCAUAUGGUUGGCGAUGCUAAUUCAACCAUUCAUUUUCACAAUGAUCUUUCACAAAUGUAUCAAAACCAUAAACCUCUUUUACCUCGUCCAGUUUUUGAACGACAUUCAUUAGCUAAAGAAGAUUCUACAUUCUCUUCGUCGUCUGUUUUAAAAUUAUAUCAAAAUACAAAUAAACGAGAAGUUAUCUUAGAACGUCUUGGUAAAGAAUAUACAGAAACUGAACCGGUUAACAUAUCAUUUUCUUCUGAACAACUCGAUAAAUUACGCUUUCUAGCUGACGAUGAUAAUGAUAUUACAAUGCAUGAUGCACUUUGUGCUUAUAUUGUAGUUUUGAUGAACAAACAUUUAUUUAUUACUGAAGAUAAAUAUAUUAGACGUGCUUAUAUGUAUGUUAAUUAUCGAGGUGUAAAUGAUUUAUUAACACCAAAAGGUUAUGUAGCUAAUGCAAUAAUACAACCAUUAUCUUCAGAUUUUUCAAAUCCACUUUCUUUGUCUAGUAUUGCAAAAACAAUUCGGCAAUUGAUUAAAAGAAUACGUCAAGAAGAUUUUCUCCAAAAAUUAGUGACUUCAACUAAUGUUCUUAUGACCCAAAUCAUAAAAGAUGGACACGUCAAUUUUGUAUGGGAUGAGAAUGAAGUUAUAUUUAAUUCAAAUUAUAAAUAUGAUUGGGCCGAUCAAGCUGAUUUUGGUAUGAAAAAUCAAUGUCGAUUUCAUACAAUGGGAGUUUUCAAAUAUUAUUUUCGUAUCUUUCAAUUAAAUCCUGUCAAAGGAGAAAAUGGAAUUUGGACUAAAGAUCAUGGAGGUGCAGAAAUAUCUUUUAGAAUUCCAAAAGGAGAAAUCAAAGAAAAAUUUUUAGCAGCCUGGAAAAAAGAUGCUCAAGAAAAUUUCUUCAAUGUUAAAUAA